AUGGCUCAGACCAUGCAGAAUGUUACAUUGUCACUCACUCUGCCCAUCACGUGCCACAUUUGCUUGGGGAAGGUAUGCCAGCCUGUCACAUGCAUCAACAACCAUGUAUUUUGUUCAAUUUGUAUCGAUUUGUGGUUGAAGAAUAAUAGCCAGUGUCCAGCUUGCAGAGUCCCCAUCAUGCCCGAAAAUCCUUGCAAAGAGAUCAUUGGAGGAACAAACAAAAGUGAACCUAUGCCAAGCCAUACAGUCAGGAAGUGCCUUCGGAAAACUAGACUUGAGUUACUCCACAAAGAGUAUGAGGAUGAAAUAGAUUGUCUGCAGAAAGAAGUAGAAGAUCUUAAGAGUAAAAAUCUCAGCUUGGAGUCACAAAUCAAGACUAUUCUGGAUCCUUUAACCUUGAUGCAAGGCAACCAAAAUGAAGACAAGCAUCCAGUUGCAGAUAAUCCAAGUAAAAUUGACCCAGAAACUGUAGCAGAGUGGAAGAAAAAACUUAGAACAGCUAAUGAAAUCUAUGAAAAAGUAAAAGAUGAUGUGGAUAAGUUAAAGGAAGCAAAUAAAAAAUUGAAAUUGGAAAAUGGUGGCCUAGUGAGGGAGAAUUUACGACUGAAAGCUGAAGUUGAUAACAGAUCACCCCAGCAGUUUGGAAGGUUUACAGUAGCUGCUCUUCAGUCCAAAGUAGAACAGCAUGAACAUGAAACCAAUUGCCUCAAGAAAGCCCUGAAAUGAAGUGAUAAGUAUAUAGAGGAACUAGAAUCUCAAAUUGCACAGCUAAAAAAUUCAAGUGAAGAGAAGGAAGCUAUGAAUUCCAUUUGCCAGAGAGCACUUUCUACAGAUGGCAAGGGGAGCAUAGGCAAUGAGGAGGAUAUGCCAUCAAAGAAUCAAGGUGAUGGUGCCAGAAAGCAGCUUGGCUCACCCACCUCAAGUUCUCACCUGGCAAAACCUUCUAGCAGUUCUGCCAGGCAGGAAAGCACCAGCAAAACAGAACCAAAUUGUUCUAAGAACAAAGACCUAUAUCAAAAACAAGUGGAAAUAAUGUUAGAUGUGACAGAUACAAGUAUGGAUACUUAUUUGGAAAGAGAAUGGGGUAAUAAGCCAAGUGACUGUAUACCCUACAAAGAUGAAGAACUUUAUGAUCUUCCAGCUUCUUGUAUUCCUUUGUCCCUUAGUUGCCUUCAGCUCAGUACUCCAGAAAACAGAGAGAGUUCUGUAGUCAAAGCAGUAAGUUUCAAAAAGCACUCAAACCAUCUCAGAAAAUUGGUGUUUGAUGAUUUUUGUGAUUCUCCGAAUGUUUGUAAUAAAGAGUCAUCAGAAGAUGAUAGAAGUGAAAAUGAAAAUAAAUCAGUGUUUUACUUCCUCAGAGACAGGGUUUUCUAUGCACAAAACUUGAAUUUUGAAAGCUCAGAGGGAAACACAAUAGCAAAUUCUGUUGGAGAAAUUUUUUUUAAAUUAAGUGAGAAAUCAGGCUCAUGCUUAUCUAAGAGGUUGAAUUCUAUUUGCUCUUUUGAAAUGAAUUGGACAAGAACAUCCAGUGAAGCAUCCAUGGACGCAGCUUACCUUGACAAAAUCAGCAAGAGCCCUUGUAAUAACGGUUUUAAGUCAGUGGAUUUGGAUGGGUUAUCAAAGUCGUCUCAAGGCAGUGAAUUUCUUGAGGAACCAGAUAAGUUAGAAGAAAGAACUAAGCCAAACCUUUCCAAAGUUUCUCUAACUGAUCAGUUAGAAAAUGGAAAUGAUUGGAAACCCACUUUUUCUCUCCUCUCUCCAUCUGACCAAGAAAUGAAUGAAGAUUUUUCUCUCAAUACCAGUUCUAACCCAGGAACUAAUGAAAGCAAACCCCCAAGCUGUUUGUUUCAGACUGAGUUUUCCCAGGGUGUUUUGUUAAGCAGUUCACACUGGCUAUUUGAAGAUCAGAGGUUUGGGUCAUCUUUAUUUACGAUGACCUCAGAGAUGCAUGGUCUUCAUAACCACCUUCAGUCUCCUUGCUCUACUUCCUUUGUGCCUGAGAAGAGGAAUAAAAAUAUGAAUCAAUCAACAAAAAGAAAAAUCCAGAGCAGUCUUUCCAAUGCCAGCCCAUCAAAAGCAACUAAAAGUUGA